AUGGGGUCAUGUUUCAGCACAGAGUCAGCAGGGGAUGCGGAACAAAAGAAGCGAAGUCAGGCCAUUGAUCGCCGGUUAGAAGAGGAUUCCAGGCGACUACGGAGAGAAUGCAAAAUACUUCUGCUGGGGUCCGGAGAGAGCGGGAAAUCUACGAUUGUCAAACAAAUGAAAAUCAUUCAUCAAAACGGCUACACGGUGGAGGAACUUGCGUUAUAUCGUUUAACGAUCUACAAAAAUCUCCUAGAUUGCACCAAAGCUCUCAUCGGGGCUUACCACCAAUUCAACCUCCAACCAACGAGUCCCAAAGUCCGCGAAUUCAUCGAGUUCCUUUCUGAAUACAAUAUUGACCCGGAUCCAAACACGCCUCUAGAUCCUCGAAUUGGAGAUGCCGUCACCUAUCUCUGGAAUGAUCCAUGCACGUCCACUGCGUUAGAGCAUCAGAAUGAGUUUUACCUGAUGGAUUCUGCGCCAUAUUUCUUUGAAGAAGCGAAGCGCAUAGCGGCUCCUGAUUAUAUUCCGAACGUGGCGGACGUGCUCCGUGCUCGAACAAAGACGACAGGUAUCUAUGAGACAAGAUUUACAAUGGGCCAGCUCAGCAUACAUAUGUUCGAUGUCGGUGGACAGCGCAGCGAGCGAAAGAAAUGGAUACAUUGUUUCGAGAACGUCACGUCGAUCAUUUUCUGUGUGGCAUUGAGUGAGUACGAUCAAGUACUGCUAGAAGAGAGCAAUCAAAAUCGAAUGAUGGAAAGCUUGGUUCUUUUUGACUCCGUCGUUAAUUCGCGAUGGUUCAUGCGAACAAGUAUUAUUCUUUUCCUCAACAAAGUGGAUCUCUUUCGACAGAAGUUGCCCCGUUCGCCCCUGAGUAACUAUUUUCCCGAUUACUCUGGCGGUAAUGAUGUGAACCGGGCUGCCAAGUAUCUCCUGUGGAGAUUCAACCAGGUCAACCGAGCGCACCUGAAUCUAUAUCCUCAUUUGACUCAAGCAACGGAUACCACGAAUAUUCGUCUAGUGUUCGCUGCGGUCAAGGAAACAAUAUUACAAAAUGCCCUGAAAGAUUCGGGCAUCUUGUGA